GGAAGUCUAAAAAGCCAGGAAAUUACCCGCAGUUAACUCAGUCGGUCGCUUCUUUGCUGCUUGUGGUCCAACGACUGCCCAAAAACUGAGGCUGAAACUCAUGUCUGGACGGACAUAAGCAGGUAUUCGCUUACUUACGGAAAGUUUUGGACCGACUAUGAAGCUGUCUCCUGCUCUUCCAGUCCUGUGGUACAGUUUUCUCCUGCUGCUGCGAGUCUCACAGAGUGAGUACGAGUACUAUGAUGCAGACGUCGAUAUCCCUUCUACUAACGCGACGGGGUGCGAAGAAAUAGAAGAAGAGACGGAGGAGGCGUCUGUCGUCUGUACGGUGUCCCGAGCGAACAAGCUCAACUGUUCCUGGUCGCUCCGCGCUCUGGAGACGGGCGCUCAGCUGUCCGUUUCUGUCAGGUUGUUUGAGAAUGAGCGCUUGGUCGAUUCUCGGAACCAAAGCUCAGCGAACGGCGUUGGCUUCAUAUCCUGGACAAUCGAUGGCGGCCAGGAAAAGUCUGUAGUCGUCGAUUUUGACGUGAUCCUGCGUGGCGCCAGGACGUGUUACACCGCCGUGUUCGAUGAGGAUAUAUUGAAUAUCCUGAAUCCUCCGGCAAACCUUAAUGCAUCGAUCCAGGAUGGGAACCUUCAUGUAAACUGGGAUGUGCCAACCAGUAAAAUUUUUCCACAUUGUUUUGAUUACCAGCUGGACAUCGGCGACCAGGAAAAACCGAGAAUCUUUUCAGCUAAGCUGCAAUACGUAGUGCCAAACGCUGCCGCUCCAGCCUACAGGGUGAGGAUGAGGGCGAAGGUAUCGCCCACCUGCUACGGGUGCCCCCACUGGAGCGAGUGGAGCCCCACAGUCACGAUGGAGCGGCCAACGUACAGACUCGAUCCUCUCGUAAUCGCCUUGAUUUCGCUCGGAAUCCCCAUGAUCCUCCUGGCCGUGCUGUUGAUAUUGCGCCAUCAGAGGCUGGUCAAAGUUCUGUUUCCUCCGAUUCCUCGUCCCCCCGCCAAGUACAAACAUUUCCUGGAAAAGACCGAUCCGCUCAACUUCUUCCAUCCUGUUCCAACAACUAAGCCCGAGGAAGAAAUCACUGAGGUGGAGGACGCAGAGCAACCGCCUGCAACAGCCCAUUAAAACAGUUCAGGGAGAAGGCGUGUUUUGACUGCCAGCCAUUCUGUAUCACACUUAUACUGACGAGCCAGCACACGUAUGUAGAGGGCACAUAAUGCCGCAGAUAUAUAACAGCUUGUGUAGAAAUUGUAUUUAAAUGCAUUCAUAAUCUUCUUCUGUGGCGCCUGGUCUAAAAUCACGUCAAUAAUUCAUAUUUUUAAUUGAAUCUGAAAAACGAUAUGCAAGAUUGUGAAUUUUGGAGCGAAUAGUUAAUUCCUGGAAUUGUGAAAUGUCUUGCUACAGGCUUAGAAUUUAAGACUUUUUAAGACCACUAUGAAUGAAAUUUAGGACCUGCAUCAACAGAGAAAUGUACAAUAGGAGACUGAAUAUUUGAUAUAAUAGUGCCAAGUGUCAACACAGAGGCCACCAGUGUACAAGCAAUUUGCAAAGCAUGGUGGAGGAUCUUUUGUAGUUCAGUGGAAGUUUUACGUCUUUUAAUGAGAAGCCAACAGAGAAGGGCUGCGAUGGAGAAAUAAACUGGAACUGACCUGACCUAAAUACUGACCUGGAAUUGUACAAACUAUGUUACAUAUCAGAUAUUGCUUGUUUGCACGUGUUUUGUCGUUCGAUUUUUCCAGUCGUACCUGCAGAAUCUGAAGAGAGGGGCGUGGUUUAAGAUGUUUGCACAUGUACUAAGCUGAGAUUGAUCCAGCGUUUAUUCCGAUGUUCUGCAAAACUUGGACUCUUUAUAAUGUUUAAUAAAAUUGAGUUCUUGAGUAUUCCAUUCGA